AUGUCAUUUAACUCAGACUCAAAGAGUUGUGCAGUUUGCUAUCAAAAAGCUAGUGAUUUCAGUUAUGGAGUACCAUCUUGCAACGCUUGCAAGAUGUUCUUCCGUCGCCAGGCAUUCAGAAAACGGGCUCUAAAUCCAUGCGACAUGCAUGAAACUUGCUACAUAGCUACUGAACUCACAUGUGUUGUUAGAAAGAAAGAGUCGCAGGAGGAAAAAGAAAAUGUUGCAAUAUUGGGAGGCAGCAUUGGAGUUGAAGAGAGUAAGAAGGGAAUCAGAUUUAGCAAAAAAUUGUCUGUUUGGUUGGCUGUCUCAUUAGCAAUACUGAGAGCUGUUGUGAUUAAAUAUCCAAUAAAUACAAAAAUACAAGAUUUCACAAGCUCUGCACACGGGAUUCGAAUUUUUCUCCUUAUCUGUCUUAUGAACUCUCCACUUUGGUAUCUUCAAAACAGAUUUUCUAUCGAUGAACAGGAGAAAUGGACUACUCCAAUCGAAUGCCUAAAUUUCACUGAAAACUCCACUCAGAUUAUCUAUUUGGAAAACAGUUUUUUUUUCAAGAUAAUCCCAUCCAUACUUCUUCCACUUUCAACCAUAGUGUUGCUCUAUGAGUUAAAGAAAAUUAAAAAGCUAACAGCUUCUACAAACUCUAGAUCCACAGAUAACAAUACGCGAACUACAAAACUGGUGUGUUUUGUUACUAUAACAUUUUUAAUAUCAACAGUUCCACUUGGAAUACUCUACUUUAUAGAGAUGAUCUUUUUUGAUACUGAUGGAUUGGAAAGUAUAAUUCGAAAAAACUCUUCAAUAUUUAAACUGAUAUCUCUUAUCAAUGGAACUAUCCAUUUUCUGAUAUGCUUUUUCAUGUCAACACUGUAUCGGAAAACUGUCAAAGAAAUGUUUGGAAUGCAACCUCACAAUGGAAAUCUAAUAAAUGUUCAACCAACUUUUCGAAAGUCUGAAAUAUAG